UCAUAGACGAGCGUAGGCCGCCUAUCAGUAUUCUCCAUCCAACUCUGUGCUGGACAAUCCUUUCAAGUUCCUUCUAGUUGCUACAUAUCCUUUUGAUGUCUGCUUCCAACACCCGACGUAGUGUGUUCUUCAGUCUUCCUCUUUUCAGUUUCCCUUCAGGAUCCUAAGUUAGCGCUUGCCUCAUGACGCAGUUUGGUUUCUUCAAUGUGUGUCCUAUCCACUUCCAACAUCCUUUCCUAAUUUCCUAUUCAUCGAGAAGUUGGUCUGUUCUCUCUCGCAGUAGGCUGUUGCUGAUGGUUUCCGGUCAACAGAUACUGAGUAUCUGGUAUAGACAACUGUUUAUAAAUACUUGUACCUUUUUGCUGAUGGUUGUGGUAGUUCUCCAAAUUACAGCUACAAACAGUAGGACUGUCUUGACGUUCGUACUAAAGAUUCUCACUGUGGUAUUGGUUGACAGUUGUUUUGAGUUCCAUAUGUUCUUCAAUUGUGAGAAUGUUGUCCUCGCUAUGCCAAUCUUUACCUUUACGUCUGCAUCAGAUCCUCCUUGUUCAUCGAUGAUGCUACCCAGAUACGUGAAAGUUUCCAUCACUUCCAAAGCUUCUCCACUAAAUGUGAUUGCAUUGGUAUUAUCUGUUUUGUAUUUGAGGAUCUUGGUUUUUCCGUUGUGUAGGUUUAGACAUACUAAUGCAGAGGCUACUGCUAUAAUGACUGCCUUGACCUGCAUUUGUUUGUCUUUAUGGGAUAGAAGGAUCAGUUCAUCCAGUCAACUACCAGAAUAAAAAGAAAUGCAGAGAAUAAGCAGACUUGUCGGACUCCAGUCCUCACUCGGAAUGCGUCUGUCAACUGUCCUUCAUGCACGACUCUGCAGAGUAGUCUGUCGUAUGAAUCCCGGAUGAUGUUGACGACCUUCGCAGGUAGACCAUAGUGUUCUAUAACCAUGGGAGUUGGUGUAUAGCGGUGAGUUCCAUUCAACUGCUUGUUCAACAAUCAGCCUUAGUGUCAGUACACAACAGAUACUUACGGAAUUCAGCCUGUUAAUCUCGAAGUUGAGAGUCUACUGAAUCUUUCAUCCCGUUCAGCAACACCCUGUUGAAAACCUUUCCUGGUGUUGAAAAUAAUGUGAUGUCUUUGCUUAGACCUCGUUUCUUUGCCAUCUUGAUGAAGUGUCCUUCUUUCCAGUCCGUCGGUGACACUUUUUCUUCCUCCCAAAUCCUUCUGAAUGGAACAUGGAGCAUGGUUGCAAUUACUCCCAUGUCUGACUCCAGUGCUUCAGCUGGUAUGUUGUCAGGUCCUACUGCUUUCUCACUCUUGAUUUGUCCGAUGGCCAUCUUGAUUUCUUCGAUCGUUGAUGGAGUCACAUCUAUAGGAAGGUCUGUAUGUGCUGCUUCGAUGUCCGGUGAAUUCAAUGUAGCUGGCCUAUUCAAAAGUUCUUCAAAGUGUUCUACACACCUGAUCCUCUGUUCUCGAAUCGCAUUGAUUGGUUUACCUUCUUUGUUCUUCGCCGAUCACUCUGCCUUACCAUAUUUCCCUGUCAGGUUCUUCGUUAUCAUAUAUUUGUUUCAUAUUUCCUUCUGAAGUAGCUAUUUAUGCUAUCGUUACAAGGUCUUUGACGCAUUUCUGCUUGUCAGAUCUAAUGCUCUUCUUCACUUGCUUGUUUACUCUUAUGUAUUCAACUUGUGCCUUCAGUUUCUCUGUUCUCCUUCGACUGUUGUUAAUUGCUGUCAUCUUGUUCCUCCUUUCGUGAAUCUUUUCCUUGUUUUCGAUGGAGAUUCAUUUAUUAUGAUGACACUUCUUGCGGUCCAGCUCCUCUUGACACCUUGAAGUUAACGCUUCUUCGAUCCUUUUGCUAUUCUCCUCCAUAGUAGUUUCUUCUUCGAGUAGAUCGUGUAAGUCCUGGAACACAGUGAGCGCUGUUUUGAAUUGGUCGAGUUUGUCGAUAGGCUGUAUUGAACCGUUGUGUUGUUGUUUCUCCAGUUGUCCAGUGCUUCUUUAUCUUUAGUUUCUUCUUGACAACCACUAGACGGUGAUACGAAGCUAUGUCAUCUCCUCUCUUGGUCCUCAUCUCUUCCACUGACCUUCUGAACUUUUCAGUGAUACAGAUAUGAUCGAUCUGGUUCCGUGUAGUGUGACCCAGUGAGACCCAUGUAACUAUGUGUAUGUGUUUGUGGGGGAAAUAGUGCCACCGAUAACCAUUUUGUUGAAUGCGCAUAGAUUUCCAAAUCUCUCGCCAUUCUCAUUCCUUUCUCCUAGUCAGUUCAUAUUGUCCCACGAUAUCUUCAUACCCAGUGUUGUCUAUUCUGACUUUGGCGUUUAGGUCUCUCAUCAGAAUAGUCAUGUCCUUUCCUGGUCACUUUCCUACAGUCGAAUACAGCCUCAUAUAAAACUGGUCUCCAUCGUCCUCGCUGAUGUCAUUGGAUAAAAUUCACUGUGGUUCCCUCCUUCUUUGUCUCGAAAGAUGUUUUAAUGGUUCUUGAUCCAUGAGACUCCCACCCUAUAAGUGCUUUACGUGGUUCUUUGGACAACAUCAGAGCACCUCGCUGAGUGUGCAGAGCAUUUUCUUCUUUGUGACCAGAGUACAGAAGCAUCUCUCCGGAAUCUAUCCUUUUCUGUCCAACUUAUGUCCAAUGGGUUUCACUUAUUCCGCGCACCUCCAAGUCGUACCUCAUUUUCGUAGCUAUUUGCCUGAUCCUCCCGGUCUGCCACAUUGUCCGAACAUUCCACGUACAUAUAUUAAUUUUUCUGGUUGUUAGAAGGGUUGCUGACCCCAUUCCCAACCAUCCUACUUCACCCGGGCUAGGGACUAGCAGCAACCGUAGAAUAGAUACAGGGGGAGUUAACGGAGAUUUCGCUGAGUUAA